GAUAAAUGAAACAAGUGAUUUUUCUUUCAGUCUCCAGAAAUUAGAAAUUAUUUGAAUUUGGCGCGUUUCGACAUUCUGCCAUCCUCUUUCAUCUAAAUUUUGACAGUUUGAAGCAAAACAUUCUUACACUGAAAGCAAAAUUUUUGAUGUAAUCAGUUUAUUUUUUUUUAAUCAGACUAAGAAAUAAUUAGUUUAUAUUGUUAUGUUUUUCUAUGUCCAGGCAACGUAAACAAGAGGACAACUGUCCUUUUCAAAGGUCUGUAGAUACAUCAGGUUCACCAAACUGUAAACUAAGGAGAUUGUUCGAAACUGACGAAAAUAUGAGUGAUAAUUCAGUAGACCCCAAUAGAAGACCGAACUUUUCAAAUGUAGGAUAUGUUCAGGUCGGCAAUGGUUUCAGUAGAAAUUUGAACAUGGUCCAAUUGAAGCCUACAGCAGCUAAAAAAAUUGUUAUCAAAAAUCUUAAAAGUGAACCAAAACUACCUGAUGACUAUAGAGAUCAGACAUGGGAAAAACUAAGCAGUGCAGUUUUAGCCAUACAACAGUCCAAACCAAAUCAGUACUCUUUAGAGGAAUUGUAUCAAGCCGUUGAAAAUAUGUGCAAUCAUAAGAUGGCCCAUACCCUGUACACUAAUUUAUAUACUUUGACAGAGACCCAUGUUUGUCAAAAUAUACAACAAUUUUUAUCAGAAAAUAUGGAUCGUUUUUUAUUCCUCAGGAAAAUGAACGAAACAUGGUUGAGCCACUGUAAUCAGAUGAUAAUGAUUCGUAGUAUAUUCUUGUAUUUAGAUAGAACUUAUGUACUGCAAAAUCCUAACAUUAGUUCUAUUUGGGAUAUGGGUUUGGAAUUGUUUAGGAAGUAUAUUGUGUUGAACACAUUAGUUCAGACUCGCAUAGUCGAGGGAUUAUUAAUGUUGAUCGAGAAAGAACGUCAUGGGGAUAAAGUAGAUAGAACUUUACUUAAAUCUUUACUUAGAAUGUUAACAGACCUCCAGAUAUAUGAAAGUGCUUUCGAACAAAAGUUCCUCCAGUCCACAGAACGUUUAUAUGCGACAGAAGGCCAACGUCUAAUGCAAGAGUUCGAGGUUCCUGCCUACUUGAGUCACGUCCACAAAAGAAUUGAGGAGGAGAACGAACGAGUCAUUCACUACUUAGAUUCAAGUACCAAAUACCAGUUGAUCCAUACAGUUGAAAAACAACUCCUGAGCGAGCAUAUAAGUAAUAUACUUCAAAAGGGUCUAGAUAGUUUGCUGGAAGAAAAUCGAAUCGACGAUCUUUCACUCUUAUAUCAGCUGUUCAGUCGAGUGAAGAAUGGUUUGAUAGAAUUGUGUAGUGCCUUCAAUGCCUAUAUCAAGAAAAGGGGACGUACCAUAGUCAUAGAUCCUGAAAAAGACAAAACGAUGGUUCAGGAGCUCCUUGACUUUAAAGACACGAUGGACAGUGUUGUGCAAAUUUGCUUCAACAGAAACGAGAAGUUCUCCAAUUCAUUGAAGGAGGCUUUCGAAUAUUUCAUCAAUCAAAGAACUAAUAAACCUGCAGAACUUAUUGCUAAAUUCGUGGAUUCCAAGCUCCGAGCAGGUAAUAAAGAAGCAACGGAGGAAGAACUUGAGCGUUUAUUAGACAAAAUAAUGGUUUUGUUCCGAUUUAUACACGGCAAAGAUGUUUUUGAGGCUUUCUAUAAAAAAGACCUGGCGAAACGGUUACUGGUUGGAAAAUCAGCCAGUGUAGAUUCCGAAAAAAGUAUGCUUAGUAAGUUGAAGCAAGAAUGUGGUGGUGGUUUCACAUCUAAAUUAGAAGGAAUGUUCAAAGACAUGGAACUCAGUAAAGACAUAAAUAUUGCAUUCAAGCAGCACUUGAAUAAUGCUCAAGACCUUAUUCCAUUAGACAUGACGGUCAAUAUACUAACGAUGGGAUAUUGGCCUACUUAUACAGCUACAGAUGUUACCCUUCCAGAGGAAAUGGUUAAAUUUCAAGACAUUUUCAAAGAUUUUUAUUUAAGUAAACACAGCGGACGAAAAUUACAGUGGCAGCCGACGUUGGGCCAUUGUGUGCUUAAAGCCCAAUUCCGAGCAGGACCAAAAGAAUUAGUUGUUUCCCUAUUUCAAACUUUGGUUAUACUGCUCUUCAAUAAGUAUGAUGAAUUGUCCUUUGACUAUAUAAAAGUGGUAACUAACAUAGAAGAUGGGGAAUUGAGACGGACUCUGCAAUCUUUAGCUUGUGGCAAAGCGAGAGUUUUAGUUAAAAUUCCAAAAGGAAGAGAGGUUGAGGAUAAUGAUAAAUUCAAAUUCAACAAUGAGUUUGUCAAUAAGUUGUUUAGAAUAAAGAUAAACCAAAUUCAGAUGAAAGAAACAAGCGAAGAACAAAAGGCUACUGAAGAAAGAGUAUUCCAGGACCGGCAGUAUCAAAUAGAUGCAGCGAUAGUGCGUAUUAUGAAGAUGAGAAAAACGCUUAGUCACAAUUUACUGAUCAGUGAGUUGUAUAAUCAGUUGAAAUUCCCUGUUAAGCCAGCAGAUUUGAAGAAAAGAAUAGAGUCUCUCAUCGACAGGGACUACAUGGAAAGGGAUAAAGACAACCCUAAUCAAUACAACUACGUCGCCUAAGAUUUCAAGCUAACUUCUGCCUUUUUACAUGUGUUUGAACAUGAAUGACAGUUCUAGUCCAUAAAGACCUUGCAGAAGUGUACAAAGGAUUUUUUUUGGUUCGAAUUUUCUCUGUACGUUUUUUCAAAUUAUAAGUUUGGUACAUGUCGAAACUUCCACAUGACAAAUGUUGGUGGAAUGCCAAAAUUAAUGUAAUUUUUGUUCCUAAAAGCCUCAAGUUUAUUUUACCCACAUUCAGUUCACUCGGUAUAUAUUUUGAGAUUUAGUGCAAAUGAAGGAUCGUUCCAAAAUUCAAAUAAUCUAAAACCAAUGAGAAAUCUUUCCACAUUCAGAUACAAUCAAAUUCAAAUUUAUUGAAUUUUAGAUCAAUAGUUUGUGCUAAAUAUAAUUUAUAUACAUAUGUAUAUAUCAGAAGAAUCAGUUCAAUAUUCUCUUUAGGAUAAUGUAAAUAAUUGAUAUUCGGUUUUUGAGUUGUUCAUUUUAUUACGUUAACAGCAGAGAGCAAAGUUUAACCGUCUUUUGGUCUCGAAAAUCUUUUGAACUGGCCGUAAUUUCAUCCUUAAUGUACUCCACCGAAAUAAAUAUUUUGAGAUUA